CAAUGAAAUCUACCCCAUAUUGAUGAUUUAACCAAUAAUAACGCUUCAAAUUGACGAAAUUACCCUCUCCGUCUCCAAGCCGUCACUCUCCUAUUUAAACACAAAACUCAACGACGUGUAGUGCCACCGCGAAAUCCAGAUCCAAAAUCAAAAUAAAUGGCGUCAGAAAACAACGGAUCCAGAUCCGAUUCCGCCACCGCCGUCGAAAUGCCUAGGAAGAUAGCACUGGUCACCGGAAUCACCGGCCAAGACGGAUCGUACCUAACGGAGUUCCUCCUCAAAAAGGACUACGAAGUCCACGGCCUGAUCCGGCGAUCAUCCAAUUUCAACACGCAGCGUAUCAACCACAUCUACAUCGACCCCCACAACGUGGACAAGGCUCUCAUGAAGCUCCACUACGCCGAUCUCACCGACGCCUCCUCCCUCCGCCGCUGGAUCGACGUCAUCAAGCCAGACGAAGUCUACAACCUCGCCGCGCAGUCUCACGUCGCCGUCUCCUUCGAGAUCCCCGACUACACGGCCGACGUUGUCGCCACCGGAGCUCUCCGCCUCCUCGAAGCCGUCAGAUCUCACACCUCCGACACCGGCCGGAGCAUCAAGUACUACCAGGCCGGAUCCUCCGAGAUGUUCGGAGCUACUCCGCCUCCGCAGUCUGAAACGACGCCGUUUCACCCCAGAUCUCCCUACGCCGCGUCCAAAGUCGCUGCGCAUUGGUACACUGUUAAUUACCGUGAAGCUUACGGUCUCUUCGCGUGUAACGGAAUCUUGUUCAACCACGAGUCGCCACGUCGCGGUGAGAACUUCGUGACGAGGAAGAUCACGAGAGCCUUGGGGAGGAUCAAGGUUGGUCUGCAGAGGAAGCUGUUUCUAGGGAAUCUACAGGCGUCGAGAGACUGGGGGUUCGCUGGGGAUUACGUGGAGGCGAUGUGGAUGAUGUUGCAGCAGGAGAAGGCGGAUGAUUACGUUGUGGCCACGGAGGAGUCGCAUACUGUUGAGGAGUUUCUUGAGGUUUCGUUUGGGUACUUGGGCUUGAACUGGAAGGAUCAUGUGGAGAUUGAUAAGAGGUACUUUAGGCCUUCUGAAGUUGAUAACUUGAAGGGUGAUGCAAGCAAGGCGAAGGAAGUGUUGGGGUGGAAGCCGAAAGUUGGGUUUGAGAAGCUGGUGAAGAUGAUGGUUGAUGAAGAUCUUGAGCUUGCUAAGAGGGAGAAAGUGCUUGUUGAUGCUGGUUACAUGGAUGCUCAGCAACAACCUUGAUUCAAAUUAAAUUUGUUUCUAUAGAGUUACAAAUCUUGUCCUUUUGUUUUGCUGUAAUGCUUCUUGUGUUGCUGUCUUUGUUUCUAGUUUCUUGUCUUUUUUUUUUGUGUGGAAGUAAUUCAGUUUGGACUUUUCACUAAAGUGUCGCAAAAAGGCUAAGCAGAGCAUUUGAUAUUCUGGCCACGUUAGCAUUUCAUGUAAAAGAUGGUCUCUUCUCUUCUAACUGUUAUAUGGUCUAGCAAAUCUCCCACCAGUAGAUUUUUUUUCCACUAGCAAAUCCUGUAUUUACUGUGUAUUGUUGCG